GAGCGGGCGGAUGCCGGGGCCGCGGGCGGUCCCCGCGCCCGAGGCGCCCCUCAAGACUGUUCCUUCCCGCCGGUGUUCAGCACCAUCGCUCUUAUUCAGCAGAGGUUUGAGCAAGCCAUGGCUGCCUUCAGCCAGUUCACAGGAGGUGAAGGAGCUCUGGCUGGAUUCACUUCUUGGGCAAACAAAAGGACUGAAGGAAACCAGACUGUCCAGAGCUCCUCCAAUCAAACUCCUAAUGAAAGUGUUAAGCAGCUGUAAUACUUCAAAGACACUAAAUGCUGGGAACAUGGAGAGUCUGAUUGAGUGCCAGACAGAGGCUGAUGCCAAGAAAUGUCCCCUGUCAGUCCCAGCAGAUACUGAAGACAGACUUUGCCUCUCAAACGCAGAUGGAACAAAGAAAAGAAAGAAGGUGAUAUCGCAGUCAUUUACUCUGAGACAAAGCCUUACCAAAAGAAAUUCCUCAGGACAGCUAGACUUGGGUACCAAAAUCACUCUGUUUGGCCAUCCUCUGGCACUUAUCUGUGGGGAAGAUGACACGCUGCCCCAGCCAGUCCAGGAUCUCCUGGCCAUAUUAUAUAUGAAAGGACCUUCUACUGAAGGGAUAUUCAGAAAAACUGCCAAUGAGAAAGCACGAAAGGAAUUGAAGGAGGACCUAAACAAAGGCGGGAAUGUUGAUCUGAAAAGUAAAUCUGUGCACCUGCUGGCAGUGGUUUUGAAGGACUUUCUCCGAAAUAUUCCCUCCAAACUCCUAUCAACUGACCUCUAUGAGAAAUGGAUGCAAGCUCUAGAGAAGCCAAGCAAGGAAGAAAAAAUUGAAGAAUUGAAAGCGUGGUCAAUGAAAACUAAUGUCUGCUUUCUCCCUGCAGAACAACUCUGUGCAGCUCAUCAGAAUGACUCUGCCUAUGACAGCCCAGAUCCUGAAGCAGAAGGCAGCCCCUGUACCUCUGAGAUGGAGCAGGCCAAAGGGAGGAGUGCUACUGUGAGCAGAAAAUAUCCAACAAAUAUCUCUGCCCCUUCCCUGACUAAUUUCAGAAAUGACAGCAGCACAAUGGACAGGAGGUACUCAGAGUCAGACCUGUCCUUCCAGAACUGCCUUGAUGACACAAUAAGGAAACAAAGACUAAACAAAAGUGAGGACAAUUUUCCAGUUCAGCAGAAACUGCUAUGGAUGGAGGCACUGGAGGAACGUCUUGCAGGCUUACCUUCACAAUUGUCAGCUGACUCUCUACCAAAAACAUCCUCCAGUUGCUCCCUGGAGAGUUCUGAUGGCUCAGUUUUCACCAGCUCCCCAGUAGUUUCGCCCUCUAGUCCUAAAAAAACCUUUUUAAAUAGGCCUCAGUCCUUUUCCGUCAAGGCCACCGAAGACUGCAGUACACCUAGCAGAGAGAUCAAAAAACAUUCCAUGUCAUUCUCUUUUGCAAACCGCAGGAAAACACUAAUAAAAACCCAAAGUUGGGGGUCUGGAAAACCCAUGUUUUUUCAGAGGGACAGUUUCACAAAGAAAGAAGAUCACUUCUCCUGCAGAAUUGUCCAGGAGGGCAGCCAUAAUGAUGACAAACCACUGCCUGUGGACUAUCAGCAAAGGCCCCGUCUCAGGUCAGUUGAUGAAGUGUUCAGAGAGGUAGACCAGAAAAACCCUAGAAGACCACCCUCUUAUGAAGAGGCUGUUAAAAACUGCCUGGCCACUACAGUUCCCUCCCAAAAUGUCACGGUUCAGACUCUGAGAUUAGCAGCAUCAAACCAGGAUGUUUUGCUGCCUCAUCCCUGCAGCCACAGUGCACAGGACACAGCAUAUAUGGAUCUGAGGGAUCUACGCAGGGCCAGAGUUUCUGCAACAAAGGAUUCUGACAUGGAAACUGAAACCUUCAGUAUCUCUUUAGGAGUAAACUCCCGUGUGAAUUUACCCGUGACCCCAGGAGUCUACCGGAUGAGAGCCAUGUCUGAGUCCUGUCAAAAGAACAAACUUGAAUAUGUGGCUCGGAGGUGCAGCCAGCCGGUUUUUGAGGUAGAGCAGAUCCAGUAUGCUAAGGAGUCCUACGUUUAAAAAGCCUGUCCUUCCUCUUUGCACUGUACAAAGUAAAUAUUGUAAAAAUAGAUAUCUUGCUAAUCAUUUGUAGGAUUUUACAUUCAAGAGACAAAGAAUAAGCUAGCUCUGCAUGAACUUUUUUUCUGAAGUGUCAGUCAUCUUGACAUGUCACAUCCUUUCACCACAAGCGUUGUUGGUGGUGAAGAUCUGUGUAUCAUUAUGUAAAAAUGUAAGUUAGUAUGCUGUACAUUACCUGUUGUGUGUGAAGAGUAGUUAGAAGAUGAUAAACAGUGUUGUAUUUGUUUUCCUUAAAUGACAAUUACAAGGUUGGCAGGUCCAAAACCUGUCUCACCUUCUUUAUGUUUUCUGUAUAGUCACAGACCCUGUACCAUUUUUUGUGUGUGUAUGUGUGCCAGGCUGAUGCAGUGCUUUGCUGAUUUUCUGCAUUAAAUGUGGGCUGGCAGUUACCUUAAUGGGUGAAGAGCUAUUCUGCCAUCUAGGUCACUUCAACACUCUUCCAUAAACCCCCUGUAUGUGCUGCCGUUCCAUCUUCCUGCUUGCUGGUGAUACGAAUGAUCUGACCACUAAGCAGCAUAGUGUUGUACACAGAGCCUGGGGUUAGAACCCUAUGAGGUCAUUAUGGGAAAGUAUGAAGUAACCCUCAUGUGUCCUGAGGUGCUUUUAGACUAAAUAAACUGGACAGGCAAAGAAAGGAAAAGCAAGAAAGGAAAAGUAAGAAAGAAAGCAGGAAAGAAAAAAGAAACAAAAAUGCCUACAAGGAAAUAUUUUGGAUUCCAGCUUUAAAUAGUUAUAGUUAAUUUAAAAUUAAAAAGACAAAAAAGAAAAUAGUAGAUGGUGUUCUUAUAAACUUGUAAAAAUGACUGGAAGUGCAAUGUGCUUUUAUGGGUCAGUAUAGCCUUAAACCAGAAUCAGGGAGACAUUUUUCUCCUGUGUAACUUCACUACAAUAAAACAUUUUUCUGCAUGAA